GUUUUAAAGGUGUUAAACGUUUAAAAGAAAUCAGUGGUCUUGUGUUUUAACUCCUAUUGCUGUAACGAUCGACAGCUGCAUAUUAAUCUUACUGUAGGACCGUUAUCAUCAGUGCCAACAGCCAACUUCCUUAAGGUAGAUGCCAGGUUGACGCCCACUUUUUUUUUGAAGCGGAAGGUGUUUAUUUCGUGGUCUCUUGCCGUAAACUGGAAGCAAACGUCUGAACUUGUUAUUUCCGACGGCACAUCUGCAGUCGAAAUGGAUUGUUAUGAACUCUGGAAGCAGCGAGGAUAAAGUCGCUAUCGCAGACAUGUAGUUAGGGCCGACGCUGCAUAUCGAACCGACAUGCGUUAAUUCGUCUAGCUAUGGCAAACUGGUGAAAGGUGCCCCUGCCGUCACGGUGCCCCCGGGUCUCUGCUGCCAUGGAGGUAGGUAGUCUCCCUGUGGAGCUGUGGAGGGUUAUCUUGGCCUACCUUCCUCUCCCAGACCUGGGCCGCUGCUGCCAGGUGUGCCGUGCCUGGCGGGAGCUCAUCUUCUCCCUAGAUAACACCCGCUGGAAACAACUCUGCCUGGGCUGCCCUGAGUGCCGCCAUCCCAACUGGCCCAGUCAGCCCCAUCUGGAGCCCGCGUCCUGGAGGGAGGCUCUGAAGCAGCACGCCUUGGCCACCCGCACCUGGACUCAGAACGGAUCAGACCUCCAGUCUUCCGCCUGUCUCCUCUUUUUCCAUCGUCGAAAAGACCGCAGGAUUUGGCAUGUGGGACCUGGGUGUGAGUUUGAGACCCUACGCGGGGCUCUCGGGGCGGUGGGGCCAUAUGACCGUGUGGUUCUCCACCCAGGGGUAUAUGAGGAACAGGCUGAGGUGGCACUAAAGGUGCCUGUGGAACUGGUGGGGCUGGGCCAGCUGGGUGAGGUGGCCCUCCUGGUGUGUAUAGAGCAGCAGUGCACCACUGCCAGGCUGUGCAAUCUGGUGUUCAUGCCACCCUGGUUCUCCACUGUGGUCUACAAGACAUCACGGGGUCAUGUCCAGCUAGAUAACUGCAACUUUGAAGGAGCCCAGCUGCAAGUCCGCGGUCCAGGAACGUGCCAGGCUCGGUUCUGCUCCUUCUCACAGGGCAGCUCUGCCCACUUGCUGGGUGUUGUUCUCAGUUUAUUGGACAGCUGUGACUUUGCAGGAAGUGACACAGCUUCAGUGACUGUUGAAGGUCCUCCAGUUUCAGAAAGGAACUGGGCUUGUAAACACUUGGCUGCCCUGGCCAGGACGUUACCACCAUGCAGUGUGUAUGGGCCUAACAAUAGCUCUCCCACAAACCCUGGCUCCACUGGUGGACAUCAACUUUCAGGUAAUAAUAAAAAGGAGCAUGUGAGCAUAGAGGACUGGCAGAGGAAGAUUGGGAUACACGCGGUGUGUCAUGGCACAGUGAUUGAAGAUGGCUGGAGUGAUGGUGAGCGCAGUGAGGGAGAGGAAGAGAACAGAGGUGAAGGAGGAACUAAAAAUACCAAAAAUCCAUUCACUCUGGAUUAUAAAAUCUCAUAUGACCACCAUGGCCUAUCACAUCUUCUCAAGCCCCGACCAAAUGGCUCUCUGCCACAGACGUGCUCCCCAGAUCCCUGUAUCCUCAGACGGUGCCUCUUCAGAGAAGGGAAGGGCGGUGUGCAUUUGUCUAAUUAUGGACAAGCUCGGCUGGAGGGCAGUGUUUUUCGUGGGCUGCACUAUGCUGUCCGCUGCAUCCAGAACGCCACAAUCGUGAUGCUGAGAAAUGAGGUGUGUGAGUGCCGUGCGUCAGGUGUGUUCCUGCGUCUCUCUGCUCAGGGCCUCAUUGCAGAGAACAACAUCCACUCCAACGGAGAGGCAGGGCUGGACAUUAGGAAAGGGGCUGACCCUAUAAUAUUGUGCAACAGAAUACAUAGUGGUUUGCGUUCUGGGGUCGUUGUCCUUGGCAAUGGGAAAGGUUCGAUUCGAAGCAACCAGAUCUAUAACAACAAGGAAGCAGGCGUGUAUAUUCUUUUCAGCGGGAAUCCUGUGGUCAGUGGGAAUCACAUCUUCCAAGGCCAGGCAGCAGGGAUUGCUAUAAAUGAGAAUGGCAGAGGAAUGAUCACAGAGAAUGUGAUCAGAGAGAACCAGUGGGGGGGUGUGGACAUCCGCAGAGGGGGUGACCCCAUCUUGAGGGACAACCACAUCUGUUAUGGCUACUCAGAUGGCAUGGUGGUGGGGGAGAGAGGCCGAGGACUUAUUGAGGGAAACUAUGUGUACUGUAACAAAGGCUGUGGUGUGUGGGUUAUGUCGUCCAGUCUCCCACAGCUCCUGGGAAACUACAUCACCCAUAACUGUAUGUAUGGGCUGGCAGUGUUCUGCAGGAAGGACCCGGAGAACAUCGAGGCCAGGGAGGGGAACUGGCCAGGGCAGGAAGGGAUUGGUGGGGAAGGAGGCAGUGGUGAAAGAAGGGGAGUAGAGGGAGAAGGAAGAGAAGGACAGGAAAACUUGAAUGAAGAGGGGGAACUGUUUGCAUGGGAGAGCGAUCUGGACAGCGAGGAUGAGCGCCAUUCUGCUCGUCGUUCCAUCAGUGUGGCCCUGGUGGAGAGCAACUACAUAAGCUACAAUGGAGCAGUUGGUUUAUACAUGAAGAGCAGUGAGCCCCUGAAUGUGUUCGCUAACCUCAUAAACAGAAACCACGGUACAGGUAUUGCUGUGCUGCAGAGCAGUCAGCUGACCCGGCUGGUUACAAACUGCAUUCUUGAAAACGGUCGAGGCGGUGUUACAGUGGAGAAGGACUGCCGAGUGGAGCUUCGUGGUAAUGGCAUCUAUGAAAACUGUGGUCCUGGUGUCAGUUUCACUGGUAAUGGGCAGAUUGUGGAGAAUGAUGUGGUUGGAAACCGAGGAUACGGAAUCCAGGUCUCAGGCAAUGCUGACAUCAAGGUAUUGCGCAACCGAGUCCAACCAGCACAGGGCUGUGGCAUUGCUGUGCUAGGGCCAGUAAAAGGUGUGGUCUAUGACAAUCUCUUGUUCCAGGGCCACCCUGGAAACAAAAAAACACUGAUACAUCUGGAUCCUGGCAAUGAUGGCUGUGUGUUGCGCAACAACAGUAUUCUAAGGCAUGAUAACAGCCUUACAUCUGCUCCUCCCUGGAUUUUAGAAAACCCUCCUCCUCGUCCACUGGCCAGCCCCCCCUCUGGCCUCUCCUCAUCCCAGUAUCCUUCUCGACUUGGAAUUUCCAUGACGACCAGGAUCAGCGCCACUGUGGAGAGCGGUUGCCACAGUGGCAGCAUGUUCUGCUGCAUCCUGUGAAUACUGGUAAGCACUUACAAACCAAAACAAUAGACUUUUGCACAUGGUGUAUUAUCGUAUGUUUUGGAGCACUCUGACCUUCCUCAGAGAAGACCCUACAACUGGGAUGAACAAAGUGUACAAGACAAGGAAGAGGCUGCACCACUAAGGGAGCCAUCCAGCUUCCCGAACAAUAGACUGGCACAUUUUGUAAAACUGCAAUCAGAUGUUUGUAAUUUUAUCAUAAAAUGCCAGUGCACUUAUCAAAUUCAUCUAAUGGCGUGAAGCUGGAGUACAGCACACUUGAGCAACACCAUCAUCCUGCAUCUUAGACAACCAUUUCUGUACUAAAGCACUUUUACAUGCAGAUGUCUUAUCCAUGUGCAGGACAGCUGCAGCUACUUUGGUUUUGUCAUUUUGUUCCCAAGACUCCCUGCUUAGGAAGUGCACAUUUAUAAAUCCUAACAGGAGUCAAAGGAAUCAGAGACGCCAGCUUCAGCCAUGCUACAAAAUUAAGCUAUGCCUUUAUCUGUGCAGAUUCUCAGUCAUCCAGGUCAUAGUAAACCGC